AAUUAACUGUUAAUUGAUGCGACGUUCCACAAAUUAUACAAUUCGUAAUUUGAGUUGGCAACGUUGGGCGUGUAAGGAGAAAAAGAUAACUUGUGGCAGUUUGUGGUUUGAUACCGGCGAGUUUUGAUGCGCCUAUGAUUCAGUAUGAUGUGUUGAUAUGACGUGAAGGCGAGAACGGGAAGUUUUUGUUGUAGAUAUUUUUUCCAGUGUUUGUUGCAAAUAAGUUCGGUUGUUUUGGGUUACGAACAUGGGACAGAAGAAUUCGAGGACGGACUUCGAGUGGGUGUAUACCGAGGAGCCCCAUGCCAGUAGAAGGAAAAUCAUUCUAGAGAAAUAUCCGCAGAUAAAGAAACUCUUCGGAUAUGAUCCCAACUUCAAAUGGGUCGUCGCGCUGAUGGUGACUAUACAAAUGGUGAUGAUGUUCGUGAUAAAGGGUCAAUCCUGGCCCGUUACACUCUUAGCUGCUUACCUAUUCGGCGGCGUCAUAAAUCACUCACUUAUGUUAGCAAUACACGAGAUUUCACAUAAUUUGGCGUUUGGUCACGCCCGGCCUUUUCACAAUAGACUGUUCGGAUUCUUCGCCAAUCUUCCUAUAGGAUUGCCGGUUUCUAUAAGCUUCAAAAAGUACCAUCUGGAGCAUCACAGGUAUCAAGGUGAUGAAUUGAGGGAUACAGAUAUUCCUACUUAUGCUGAGGCGAAGCUGUUCUGCACAACCUUCGGGAAAUUCAUCUGGGUCAUCCUACAGCCUUUCUUCUACGCCUUCAGACCCUUGAUCACCUAUCCCAAACCACCAGAGAAGCUCGAGCUGGUCAACACCGUCAUCCAAUUGACUUUCGAUGGAAUCGUUUGGUACUAUUUGGGUGGACGCGUGCUCUGCUACCUGAUAUUCGGAUCUGUUCUCGCCAUGGGUCUUCAUCCUGUCGCCGGGCAUUUCAUUUCCGAGCAUUACAUGUUCAAGAAGGGUUACGAAACGUACAGCUACUACGGCCCUCUGAAUUGGAUCACCUUCAACGUGGGUUACCAUAACGAGCACCACGACUUUCCCGCCGUUCCGGGCUCCAGACUGCCAGAGGUGAGACGAAUUGCAAGCGAAUUCUACGACAAUCUACCUCAUCACGACUCGUGGUCAGCUGUUCUAUAUGAUUUCAUAAUGGAUCCGGAGGUGGGUCCGUACGCGAGGAUUCGGCGAAAAGCCAAAGGUCUAAAGUAUUAGAGAACAUUGUGUUAAUAUUAUAUAUAUAGAUUUAUAUACAUAUAGAGAAAA